CUCUCGUGAUUCAAUAUCCAAUUCGAAAACGAAAGUGCACCGAAGCACCCGGAAGCAGAGAGUAAACAAACGACAGAGAUCGCUAAAGUUGUCGGUUCUGGUGCGCUGGUUUAUCCUACGUCGAGUAUUCAAGAUUCGAUCAAUGUCGAAGGCUAAAAUAAAGUUUCUAAAGCGACUCGAUAAAAAACUUUUGUGUCCACUGUGCCAAAGUGUCUUCAAGCAACCCUGGCAGACAUCGUGUGGACAUCAAUUCUGUUUUGAAUGCCUCCAGGCUCUUCUCAGGUAUGAAUACUUUUUUUCUAGACGAGCAGAUUGCCAAUGGAGUUGAGUUCCCAAGCUUAAACUUUCCUGUUUAUUGUUUUACUGAUUUAAAAUUUUGUAUCACUUUUCAAUUACAUACAUAUUGUUCCGCUAAGCGCUAGCUUAAACUCAGAAACACGCGUUACACGAUUAUGAUAUCGAAAGAGAGCGACAAUUUUGGAAAGAGCUCGAUUAACGUUUCAAAUGACAGCACAGCCACAUAGUAGUGAGUGUCAUCAAAAUUCUCACUAUAUACUCUCAAACUACCUCUGUCUGUCACGAAGCGUUUCGUUCCCUAAUAAUCGAAACUUACAGUUUAAUUCCGACCUAUCUAUCCUUAUUACUAGAGCUGCUUCUCCAACAUGUCCGAUAGACGGCAACACGAUUGCAAGAGAUUCAUCGUUUCAUGAUAAAUGCUGCGAGCGGGAAGUAUUAGAUCUUCCAUGUUUCUGCCAGUAUGAAGCCAGAGGAUGUAACUGGCGAGGAGAGCUACGACAUGUACAGGUAAAGGGCUUUCGACGGCCAUUAAACGCUUUCCUUUCACUUUCCCAUAUCAUUUGCAAAUCCAGAUCUUGGGCAAAUAGACAAGAGUGUUCAGUUGGAAAGCAGGCAAAGCUAAAAACCCGACCGUCCUUGACUAAGUGUUUACGACUACUUUUUGAUGCUCCCUUGAUCCCACCAGGCACAUGGAGAAAGCUGUGAGUACACCGAUGUGGUGUGCAGAGAAUGCAAAAGCUUAAUGGAGAGAAGACUUCUUGAGCAUCAUAAGGUUAAUAAAUGUAUCAACCGAAGAAGCCAAUGUAUUCAUUGUGGAGCGGAAGUACGAGACAGUGCUUUGAAGGUAAAAUUAGAACAUUCCAUCGGGAGAGCUAAAGUUCUUGUCUGUUUCUAUUUCGAAUUGGCAAACGUCGCUUGUAUUCUUUUAUAUAUGGCAUAACCAAGUUGAAAUGUAGUAUUUAGUCAUUUCUAACAAUAAUUCAUGCACUCCCAUAUUCCCAUUACAAUUGCAUAUGCGGGCAUUAGACGCCUGAUUUGAAAAUAGCAAACUCACGAUCGUUUUCUCGGAGAUUGUUCCCUAAACUUAAAAUUUCUCUUUUAUUUAUCGCUGUACGAGUUGGAUAUUUCAUUAUUUGACGGCAAUGAAUUCUUCAAAUUGAAAUGUCAUGAUAAUGGUCAGUGUGACGGGUAAUUUCACGAGGAUAAAAUGUCGUCUACAUUCUCUAAAUCUCUCAUUAGGAUCAUUUCAAAACAUGUACAAAGUUUCCGAUCAAUUGCAUUUUAAGCUGUGGAAAGGAAGCCAUUCCUCGUGAUCUUAUGAAAGACCAUAUGACUGUCGAAUGCCCCAAUAGUGAGGUCCCAUGUCAUUUCACGCUUUACGGAUGUAAAUUCAAGGUAAGUUGCAUAGUCUUCUGUCAAUAUGUCUAAAGGCUGACCCUGUGUACAUUUAUGUAUUGAAUUUGACCGCUUAGUAACACAAUGUAUAACCCACAGUUACUGAAUUUCGCUAUCAUCGUGACAGUAAUUUCUUAUAAGGGUGACAAUUCAUUUAAAUUCUUUUCAUUUUAAUUUUGUCAAUCUUCCUUUAGGGAAAGAGAGACGAACUUCAGAGACACGUGGAAGCUAGUAUAAAGAGCCACUUAGACUUGUUAAACCAAUCAAGUUAUGAGCUUAAAGUGAGAGGCCAAGAAAUGGAGGAAGGACUCGCUCGUCUGCAGAGCAAGCUAAGUGGUUGUGGAAAACAAAUUUGCCGUCAAAAUGAGCAGCUUGCAGCGUCAAAUACUAGCAUACAAAUGCAACAGACUAAAAUAUCCAAAGCUGAAAGGGAGAUUUGCGAACAGAGAGAGGAUCUGGACAAGCUUCUUCGAGAUUCGAAAUUGGUUGAAAACACUCAAGGAUUUGUUGUCUCUCUUCAGAUGGACGAGAUUUUAGAAACUUUAAGGGAAAAUGAAACAAAGGCGACUCAAUUAAAAAGGGAGCUAAGUCGUCUGAGCAGCAAGAUACCAAAUCCUUAUGAGCCACGAAGAGUCCACGACCUUGCCACUGACCAUCGAUUAGAAAGGGCUGAGAACCAACUUUCCUCACACGAAACUCAACUAUCUGAGAACAGCCUCCAAAUUGAAAUGCUUGAGACCACAUCCUAUGAUGGGUUUUACAUUUGGAAAAUAGACCACUACAGUCGAAAAUAUCAAGACGCUUUAUCUGAAAGGACAGCAUCGAUCUACAGUCCUCCUUUCUACGUCGGUCGCUUUGGCUACAAAGUUUCUGUCCGACUCGACCCAAAUGGAGAUGGCAUAGGAAAAGGGACUCAUAUAUCACUUUUUUUCGUUGUCAUGAGGGGUGAAUAUGACGCCAUUUUACCCUGGCCUUUCGUACAAAAGGUUCACUUCAGACUGGUGGACCAGGAUAAAAUUCGAGACAUUGUUAAGACAUAUCAUCCCGAUCCAAAUAGCAGUAGUACGAAGAGACCCACCUCAGAUAUGAACAUUGCAUCGGGCUCUCCCACAUUCGUUUCUCAAGUAGAGGUCCGUAAGGGUGGUUAUAUUCGGGGCGAUACCAUGUUUAUUAAAGUGACUGUCGAUAUGGCGAAUCCUCCUGGAGAGCUGGCGAGGUGAACACGAAAAUCGAUCUCACAAAACAAAAUGGCAGAUAUCUGCGAUAUUCAUAAUAGAACAAUAAGCAAGCUUGUUAUAACUAAAUGAAAAUAGAACUGAAUGAAAAUAUAAAACAAACAAAAUAGACCCUGUAAAAUUAGCUAAGAAUGAUAAAACUUUGCGAUCUGUCGAACAACCAGUCUACCCGAUUGUCUUCGUCAGUCGAUUGAUUGCGUACUACCAAUCCAAAUAAUUAAUAUCCCAAUAGGUAAGGAGUUUCCCCUUAACAGCUAUUAUACUAUGAGCGUAGUUGGUUCUAGCAGUUGUCGUUUCGACUAAAUCACGGAUGAUUUAACGAGACGCCUGACUCAGUCAACACUGCGGUUCUCCUAAAAAACUUAUUUUAUGUAUAAGGACCACACUCACUGAGACGAUCAAGAUUGCUAAAAAACGACGACGUUUCGGCGUUGGUUAAACGUCAUUAUCAAGUAAAAAAAAUAUUUUUAAGUUGCAGUCUCUAUAUACCAAAAUAACAAUGGGUCAUAAAAAGCUAUACCGUAAGAAAAGAACAAUAGCAAUUAAACAAAAAGAUCGGCAAGUAUGGAGUCCAUCUGGAUAUUUAAAUUAGGCUUGAGAUUCUAGCUGAACAGCAUUUCAAAGGCUAAACAAUCAAAUUUUCCCUGGCGCUUUCUUAAAACUCUAAAUUGGUUUUCUUUCAAAAGGUUUUUGCUACCGUGAGCUUCCACGAAAUGUCGACUGAUUGCCAAAUAUUUGUGCUCAGCAAUACGUGGAUGAAGGUGUCGGGCUGUGUACCCGACAUUACCUGCAGGGCACGGUUCACAUGAGAAACAAUAAACAGUGCAUUACCGAUUCACAAUUGACG